GUGACAGUUGGUGAUGGUUAGGCGGACAUCUUAGGGAGAGCACGGUGGCUGGACUGGCGUGAGGAGGUGCUGCGCAGGUUACCUGUAAAAGCCACUGUCCCCAUGACCGGAGUUAGAGAAAUGGCAACCAGAGAGCAGUGAGAGCCUCCCGCAGCAUAUCUACAGCUUCCAGUGAUCGCAGCUGACAUGGGAGUGUGGUGAUGUAGCUCCCAUCCUCUAUAGGGGCAGACUGGAGGCAGUACCCAGCCUGAGAAAGGGGACGGUGCGUCAGUGAGCACAAUGAACAGGAGCUGACAGAACUCCAACACCAAGCCCUCUGACUACACGGAAUAAGCUGCCUUUCUUCUUGUGUGAUUUCUCCGCUAUUACUUUUAGCAUACCCAGAUUCAGUGAUUAAUCUCAGGAGAUUGACUAUCUAGAGAAAGUGCACUAUAACUACGAAAUAUCUAUAUAUACUUAUAUGAACAUUACAGAGGUUACAAAGGGGCCCCAAUUAAAAGUGGUUUUCUUGGUUGCGUGACAUAAGAGAUAGAAUGACUGAACCAAAGAUCCCCGAUGUGAAAGUUGAUAACAAUUACCCUACGACAGAAACCUUACUGGAUGAAAUACAAGAAGACAACACGGAACAAAAUGACAAAAAGCAACAGAAAGAAAAACUGAAGACUGUUGGUCCAAUUCAAAUUUUUCGAUUUGCAGAUGGGCUGGAUAUAUUCUAUAUGAUUAUUGGAUUCCUUGGAGCAGUGGUGAAUGGUGUCUGCGACCCUAUAGUGCUCAUUGUGUUCGGAAACAUGGCUGACAGCAUAGUGUGUUAUAACUCAUCCCUCCAAAAUACAUCUGAAUGUCUUCAGUUCAAACCACUGUCUGAGCAGAUGUCUGAGUUUUCCUUGUACUAUGCUGGAAUAGGAGUUGCUGUUAUCAUCUUUGGAUACUUCCAGGUUUCUCUAUGGGUUCUAGCUGCCGCCAGACAGACACGGAAAAUGAGAAAACUGUUUUUCCAUUCUGUAUUAUCCCAAGAAAUGAGCUGGUUUGAUGUCACCAAAUCUGGAGAACUCAACACUCGUCUUACAGAGGAUGUUAAUAAAAUCAAUGAUGGAAUAGGAGAUAAAGUUGGCCAUCUUGUACAGAAUUGUUCAUCAUGUGUGGCAGCACUAGUGAUUGGGCUCGUCAAAGGUUGGAAGCUCGCACUGGUCAUCUUGGCUACCAGUCCACUUGUAGCAAUUUCAACUGCCAUAUGCUCCAAGAUGGUGGUAUCAUUGACAAGCAAGGAGCUCUCAGCUUAUGCAAAAGCCGGGGCCGUGGCUGAAGAAGUUCUCUCCUCAAUACGGACAGUGGUGGCAUUUGGAGGACAAGAGAGAGAAAUGAAAAGGUACACAAACAAUUUAGGAGAGGCCAAACAAAUUGGGAUAAGAAAAGCUAUUACUUCUCAGAUGGCUGUUGGCUUUAUGUAUUUUUUUAUAUAUGCCACCUAUGGUCUUGGAUUUUGGUAUGGUACAACAUUAAUACUGGGAGGCGAAGGAUAUACCAUUGGAAAUACUCUUCUGGUUUUCUUCAGUGUGAUCCUCAGCAGUUACUGCCUUGGCCAGGCGGCUUCUCACUUUGAAGCGUUUUCUGUGGCAAGAGGAGCUGCUUAUAACAUAUUUAAUAUCAUUGAUCAGAUGUCCACAAUAAACAGCUUUUCAACAGAGGGUUACAAGCCGGAUAAUUUAAAGGGAAAUAUUGAAUUUCAAAAUGUGCGUUUUUGUUAUCCAUCAAGACCAAAGGUUCAGAUUUUAAAAGGAUUCAACCUGAAGGUUAAAUCUGGUCAGACGGUGGCACUGGUUGGACAAAGUGGAUGUGGUAAAAGUACCACAGUGCAGCUCCUGCAGAGACUGUAUGACCCACAAGGGGGCACGAUAGUGGUUGAUGGCCAUGAUAUACAGUCUCUGAAUGUCCAGUAUUUCAGAGAACUCAUUGGUGUGGUUAGUCAGGAGCCGGUCCUGUUUGCAACAACCAUUAAGCAGAACAUCAAAUACGGCAGGUUGGAUGUGACCGAUGAAGAAAUUGAAACUGCAGCUAAAGAAGCCAAUGCCUAUGAUUUCAUUAUGGCACUACCUGAUAAAUUUGAGACUCUAGUUGGGGAACGAGGAGCCCAACUAAGCGGUGGCCAAAAGCAAAGGAUAGCAAUAGCCAGAGCCUUAGUACGGAAUCCUAAAAUACUUCUGCUGGACGAAGCCACCUCCGCUCUGGAUACUGAGAGUGAAUCUGUUGUACAAGCGGCUCUAGAUAAGGCCAGUAAAGGACGCACCACUAUUGUCAUUGCUCAUCGUCUGAGUACAAUUUGGACAGCGGAUCUUAUUGUUGUGCUAGAGAAUGGCGCUGUGGCCGAGCAAGGAACACAUUCUGAAUUAUUGGAAAACAAAGGAAUCUAUCAUUCACUGGCAACAGCUCAGUCCAUACAAACCGCAGAAGAUAGUGAAACAAAGGAUAACGAUCAAGGAAAGCCAUCACUGAUACAGAGGUUGCACUCCAAUAUUUCCAAUGGACAGUAUUCAAUGUCUGAAGCUGAAGAGGAAGAAGAAAUAGCAGAGGAUGAUGAAAAGGAAAAACUUCCUAAAAUUUCAUUUUUUAGGCUGCUGAAGCUAAAUAAAUCAGAGUGGCCCUAUAUCAUGUUUGGAACUCUUGCAGCUAUUCUCAAUGGAGCAGUACAUCCAGGUUUCAGUAUAUUAUUUGCCAAGAUUAUAGCUAUUUUUGGGACUAAUAAUCCAGAGCUAAUUCGAAAUGAAAUAAACCUUUAUUCCAUUAUAAUUGUUAUUAUUGCUUUGGCUUCUUUCUUUACAUACUUUAUUCAGGGUUUCAUGUUUGGGAGAUCGGGCGAAGUCCUCACCAUGCGGCUGAGGCAGAUGGCAUUCAAGUCCAUGCUUCGUCAGGAAAUAUCAUGGUUUGAUAACAAAAAACACAACACUGGGGCUUUAACAACCAAGCUUGCCACAGAUGCUUCUCAGAUACAGACGGCAACUGGCUCCAGACUUGGUUUGGUUGCAGAAAACAUAGCCACAAUGGGACUGUGCAUCAUAAUUGCUUUGGUUUUCGGCUGGGAAAUGGCUUUGCUGACUCUAGCUUUGGCCCCUGUCCUUGUGGCCACGGGUUUCCUUGAGACCAGAGCACUCGUUGGCUUCGCAAAUCGAGAUAAAAAACAACUUCAGCAGGCUGGGAAGAUUGCAACUGAAGCAGUGGAUAACAUACGGACGGUUGUAUCAUUAACUAGAGAGGGAACCUUUGAAGAAAUGUACUCUGAGAACUUACAGAAACCCUACAGGAAUGCUCAGCGCAAGGCUCAGAUAUACGGCAUCUGUUUUGCAUUCAGUCAGUCAUUCAUACAUUUUGCCUAUGCCAUAUCUUAUCGAUUCGGAGCUUUAAUGAUUGAAUUGGGGAGGAUGAACGCAGAGGAAGUAUUUCUAGUGUUUUCCUUACUAACAUAUGGAGCAAUAAAUGUAGGACAGACCUUAUCCUUUGCUCCUGAUUACGCUAAAGCAAAGUCUGCAGCUUCCCAUCUCUUCCAGUUGUUCCAAAGUGAGCCAGCUAUUGAUAGCUACAGCCCGCAGGGACAGAUGCCGGAAAAGUUUCAAGGAGAUUUGGAACUGCGUAAAGUUGACUUCAAUUAUCCAUCUCGUCCGGAUGUGCCGGUGCUACAAUUGCUAUCUGUCAGGAUAUCCAGUGGGCAAACUGUGGCAUUUGUGGGCAGCAGUGGGUGUGGGAAAAGCACCUCUGUCCAGCUGCUGCAGAGGUUCUAUGACCCACACCAGGGAGCAGUGCUAUUCGAUGGCAUUGAUGCUAAAUGCUUAAACGUACAGUGGCUGCGAUCUCAGAUCGGAAUCGUCUCGCAGGAGCCGGUGCUGUUUGACUGCAGCAUUGCUGAGAAUAUCGCCUAUGGAGACAACUCCCGCGAGGUGUCAAUGGAGGAAAUACAACAGGCAGCAAUAUCAGCCAACAUUCACUCCUUCAUAGAGAGUCUGCCGGAGAAAUAUAACACUCCGGUGGGAGGGAAAGGAACUCAGCUGUCCGGAGGCCAGAAGCAGAGGAUUGCCAUUGCCCGAGCUCUUAUCCGUGUUCCAAAAAUAUUACUGCUGGAUGAGGCCACCUCAGCAUUGGACAAUGAAAGUGAAAAGGUUGUACAACAAGCACUAGACCAAGCGAGGAAAGGAAGGACUUGUAUCAUGAUCGCACACAGACUGUCCACAGUACAGAAUGCGGAUCUUAUUGUGGUCAUGAAGAACGGGAGGAUAAUAGAACAAGGAACUCAUCAACACCUUCUAGCCAAGCAAGGGGCAUAUUAUGACCUUGUAAAUGCACAGACUAUAACGUAAAUAUAAAUGUAAAACAAGUCUGGAUAUAAGUCUGCUGGUGCUCUAUAGUAGAGUGCAAACUGUGUCAGCCUUAAGAAGAGAGACCGUUGCUGUGUAAAGCAAUGCAAUGAAUAGAAAUAAUGCACAGGUAUGUGUAUAAACAUCAGGUACAUCUGGUGUAAGGAAAAGAUACUACUAAGUACAAUUUGUGUUAGAGGUUACCAAUGUGAGUAUUGAGGCCCAACUGGUACUCAGCACUGAUAAAUGCUUCAGUCAUCGAUCUGAUACAUCUUAUUUGUAACUAGAUUGUGAAUCAACUAAUUAAUUGAAAAGUUGUUAAAUAAGAAUUGCUGGUGGAAUGUUAUAUCAUAAUCUAUUUAGCACCAGUGGCUAGAGUCAGUGCUAAUUACCCUCCAGGAUAUAAUCUUGGGGCCUAGGACACACAUUUUUCUUGCCCCUCCCCAGCUCCCCAUCCCUCCCCACUAGGUAUAGGCCUGUCGGAGUAAGUUGUUUCUUACCUAUAUGUUGGUUUUUCUGCAAUGUGAAAACUCUGAAGAAAUGGGCUGGUGAUAACUUCAGUUGGUAUUCACUCUUCAUGUAAGCAGCCACAUGGUCCGGAAGACAUCUGUAAUGAAUAUAACCAAAGUUAUAUUCAUACAAAACAGAUAAUGUUUUUUUAGAAUUUGUGUCUUAAUGAAGAUUAUUGUGCUCCAGCCUCUUCCUUCUAAUCAUGAAAAUUGUGGAAAAUCUACAGCCCCUUCCCGACUGUCUCUUCAGCUGCCUCCUAUUCUGUGUCUCCUCCUCUGUGUCCUCCUCUGUGUUUCUCCUGCAGCCUUAGCUCUCACUGUGUCUCAUCAAAAGCCUUAGCUCACCCAGUAUCUCUCCAGAAGUCUCAACUUCCCCCGUGUCUCUUCAUAGCCACAACCCUCCCGUGUCUCCCCAGCAAUCUCUUCUCCCUCCAUGUCUUUACAUAGCCUCUGAUCCCCACCUGUGUCUCUGCAGCAGUAUCAGCCCCCCCAGGUCUCUCCAUUGCAUAAGCCAGUCUCUUCAUAGCCACCACCCCUACGUCUCUCCAGCAUCCUCACAUUCCUACCCUGAAACUUCUGCUUGUACCACCUCUUUUCUUCAUGUGCUGCAGGGGAAAAAACCUGUGUGUCAGGUUAUGCCAGUGAAGGGGCAUCCUAGCCCCUCUAUGCCUAUGCCCCGCUUACUCCAGCAGUGCAAUUACAGGACCCAUUCACAAUCACCAGACGUGACCCUAGGUAAGGGGGUAGGUGGGGGGACGAAGGGCAGGGGAACCUCAGAAUCUCGGGGCUGGUACAAGAGUCCCCUGCCACUGGUGCCUGCUUGCACCCAAGGGAAUUAGGGGGACAUGUACUAAGCAGGGAUAGAAGUGAAAUGAGCCAGUGGAGAAGUUUCCCAUGCCAACCAAUCAGCUGCUCUGUAUACAUUUAUAGUAUGCAAAUUAUAAAUGUUACGUCACUGCUGAUUGGUUGCCAUGGGCAACUUCUUCACUGGCUCACUGCUCCACUUUUAUCAUUGCUUAGUACAUGUCCCUAUUAAUGACUAAAGGGCCCAUUUAUCAAACAAUAUUUGUGGUUUUGUCCUCAAAAACGUCCAUUUUCAGGGGCUAGCCGCAAAUAUUAAGCAUCCCCUGGAUGUAUCUCUGAUACCUGCUAUGAUUCCCCCAUUGCCACUUGCAGCCGCAUCCCCCAUAGGUUUCUAUGGGGAGGGACACGAUGCAGGCAGAUUUACCAAUACAGGUAGAGUAUCGCAUAUCAGGAAUGCUCGAGACCAGGAGCAUUCCACAUAUUGGAUUUUUCAGGAUAACAGAAUACCUGUUAUCUAGCCCGUUACCUGGGAUCCAACGUGUUAGCAGGGGUUUCGGUGUGUUGGUGGCAGGGUCCGGGGGGUGGCGGCGGGGUCCGGUAGGUCCUGGUAGUCAUCGGCGGGUCCACGGGAGUCAGUGCCAGUGAGGGAAUGGCUGCCACUCUCCCACCUGUCUGUGAUUGGCCGCAGACUCCAGUGACAUCAUGACGCCGACCUCGUCAUGACGUCACUACAGGUCCAAAAUAUUCUGGUUUUCUGAAUUUUUCGGUUAACGGGAAUUUGAAGCAUUACUAGUAUUGGCCCACACAAUCUUUUAAUUGCAGUAGCCUGUGGGCUAAACUUUGGGGGAUGUAGCGAUGGCAGAGUUGCUCCGGAACACUCCAAUGGAAAUGGGCACUGUGCAUGGCGGGUACUCUGUCCGCUGUGCAUGGCGGUUACCCUGAUACAUACACCUGGUAUGAUUGCAUUCUGCAAUGCGAUCUGUGCGCAACAUUAGUGCCCAGGGUUGUAAGUGCGAUCAUUAGUAAAUGGGCCACUUAUGUAACCCUUGAUUUCUAAAAUGAAGAAAAUAAGUUGUCUGCAGUUUUGAUGCAUAACAUAUCACACAGCCCUGCAACCUAUUUAUGUCAUGCUGCUGACUUAUUUUCUACUUUAAAAAUUGAGAAAUACCAUUUGCCUGUUUUUUUUUUUUUUUUUACAAUGAUUGCAAAAGAUAGAUACAGUACAAUAAAAAUAAAAAAAAAAUUCUACCUAAAUGCUGCUGUUCAGUAUAUUAGUGUUGCUACUCAUUUUUAAAGAAAUACAUAAAAGUUCAGGUCUCACUUUUUCAAUAAUUCAUGAUUUUAGGUAUUUAGGGUUUCUAAAAUAGCUUUCGAAAUCUUGUAUUCCUGUUGUAAGCAAAAAAAAAUGUAUUUAAAAAAAAAAAAAGUUAAGAUAUAGUUUACAAUUCUUUUGUUCAAAAAUACCAUCAUAAACUACAAUUUUUAUCAUAUUCCAGUUGUCAGAUUUUGUCCAAAUCUGUAAAAUAUUCACCACUGAUCAUUUGUUUUACUCAUCUCUAACAUUUAAUAAAAAACACCACUUUAGAAUACAAAUUAAAGUGGUACACUGUGCACAAUUAAAUUACUAUCAGUUACUAGAGCUUUUAUCAAGUGCAUUUGGAAUGACACUAGUCUCUAGAGCUUUCUCAGAUGCCUCUAAAGGCCCAUACACACUUGACGAUAAAAUGAACGACGUCAUUUAUUUCAGCCCUCAUCAACGACGUCGUUCAUUAUAUCGUCAAGUGUGUAUGCAUCCAACGACCAACGAUGCGCGGCCCCGCGGGACGUUAACAUCCAUCGUUCACCUGUGGAGCAUGUAUGCUCAAUUUGCACUAUGGUCGUUACCGACCAUAGACGUCGUUGAAUGUGUAUGGGACCAACGACCAACGACCAACGAUUUUGUUGCCAGGCUAUUAUUUAAAUCCACUGUCCAGCUUGGAAGCUGAAUGGUCAUUGGUCGUUGGUCGUUUGUGUAGUGUAUGCUCAUGUCGUUUGCUCAGCUGUUCAAGGGAAGUUCAAAAGUUCAAGGGAAGUCGUUGACGACGGUCGUUGACGAUGUGUGCAUCGUCAAGUGUGUAUGGGCCUUAAGCCUUACAGACAAUGGCUGUCAGUCAACUGUUCAUAGAGCCUUCUGAUUAUUUUGGUUCAGUGCCAUUGUUAUACAUUUAUAUUGUAUAUUAUUUAACAUACUUGAAACAUAUUGAAGCUUUGCACCAAUGACUGAUCAACUAUUGCCAUUAUUUUUAAAAUAAAUAAUACUGCAUGUACAAUAAAUUUUGUUUUAAAUUACAUACUGUCUGUCUAUAUUCUUUCUUUCUUUCUUUCUUUCUUUCUUUCUUUCUUUCUCCCACAUACUGUAACCUUCAUAAACUUUUCUAUCUAAUUACAUCCGCACUAAAGAGUCCACCCUUCCAUAUUUUCUCUUCAUACACUUUCCCAUCCUCCUGACCCCAGGCCAACAUCACUGUGUGGCCAUAUCAUGCAGCCCACCAAGGACCUAUGAAAUCUGGUGGACCAUUAUGCAAUAGAUAACACCUAUCCUGUGUAUCAAUGCCUACUUUCCUAGAGAUUGUAAGCUUGCAAGCACGGCCUUCCUACCUCAAUGAUUGUCUGUUAUUAUUUAUCACUAUUGUUUCCAAUUGUAAAGUGCAACAGAAUUUGAUGCGCUAUAUAAAAAUCUGUUAAUAAAUAAAUAAAUAAUUUAUUUAUUUUUGCUAAUACAUGUAGUAAAAGAUCAUUAUGUAAUAAUAAUCUUGCUGUAUGAUGUUGGCUAGUUGUAAAGAUGUUGCUGGUUUGUGUUGCAGAGGACGGUAUAAAAUUGACAGCUAUAUUUUUGUCUUUGUCCAAAUAUCCAUUUACUGUAUCCCUGCCCAAAGCCUUCCAAUCAUUCUUUCUAUGCGUUCUAAAAUAAUCACAUUCUAACAACUAGCAACCUAGGAAAGUGGUCUAGUGACUGACAAUGUGACAUACUGUUUUGUUGUAGAAUGUUGUUUGAGCCACUGCCAGUUUGGACAAAACAGAAAAGGAGAGAUAAAAUAAAGCUAUAUGUACUGUAGUAUAUAACUUUUAUGCCCAAAUUUUCAAUACUUUCCAAUGUAACUGAUGACACACGGGGUUAAAUGUAAUCGCAUGCAAGCUGCUGGGGGAGGCACUCGAUAUCCCAGCUGUUGGGAUCCCGGCACUCUGCAUACCGAUGCCAGGAUCCCGACUGCCGGGAUACCAAGAAUUAUUCUCCCUCUUGGGGUGUCCACGACACGCCUGGAGGAAAAAUAAAUAGCCACCGUGCCCGCAGCGUGGUGAGCGCAGUGAGCCCACAAGGGGCUCUUUUGCGCUCACCCAGCUGCCGGCAUUCCGGCGGUCAGGAUCCCGGCGCCGGUAUACUUGGUGCCGGGAUCCCAUGCGCCGGUAUAUCAUAUUAAACUCGCUGCCGGAGGUGCUAGACUUUGUGCAAGUCUGCCGGUAUUUUUAAAGCAGCAAUCAUUUACAAGGCAAAACCAAUCUGGUUUUGCCUUUUAAAUGAUGUGUACCUAUUAGGGACUGGUGUUUGUAGAUUUUAGCAGUCAGGGAAUAGCUUAGUAAACUAAGUUUUGUAAGUUGUUCUCCUAUAAAUCAUUAUCUCUUUUUCAAAAUCUCCCUGGAGGGGAGUCCAGUAUGACUGCUAGUCGCUCACUUAUAUCUAAUCUCAUCACAUGUAGCGCAAUCUCAAAUACACUUGUGUACUACAGUACACAAGUGGUGGGGUGGGGGGGGGGUGUUUAAAGGCUUCUCUUAAAUAUUUAUUCACAAAGUAGAGAAAAUGAAAAUAAUUACAAAAGUUGCAUUUUAUAUACAGUAUAAUAGGGGGAAUAUAUUGUGCGGGAGGCAAUCAUGAUACCGCCUGUUGGGAUCCCGCCGGCCACAAUGCCGACGCUGGAAUUCCGACAGGUGGUGAAAUGCCGCUGCCAGAAUACCGGCGCCACAGGCUUUUCUCCCUCUGUGGGUGUUCACAACAGCAAUAGAUGUAGAAUCUAACCUGUGGCGAGCGCAGCGAGCCACCAUGCCAGUAUGGCGAGUGCAGCGAGCCCGUAAGGGCCUUUCUAGCACUCGCUCCGCUGCUGGCACAUUGGUGGACGGGAUCCCGCUGUCGGAAUCAUGACAGCCAGGAUCCCGGCAUCGGUAAAAAAUAGUAUGUAUUUCGUAUUGUGCAUGUGGUCUGCGUCAAAAAUGGAGACACCUACUGGGAUAAAACUCUAAAAAGUUUUACUUUCUCUGGAAAUCAGCGACGUCUGCCACUAAUGAACGAAGGGAGAAGCAACUGAUUUAAUAAUGACUGUUGCAUUUUUAAUAUUGGUGCCUUACAAAGAGCUGCCUCAUAGAACCUGCUGCCUUAGAUAACUACUCAGUCAGUUAUAUCACCACCUUGGGGCAGAGUGAUGUUUUGUUCAUCAAUGUACAUUUAUCUAUUUGAGCUACAGUAUAUAACAAUGUUAGGUAUUUAUUCAUGUACUGAGUGAUGUUUAGAACACCAUAGAGUCUGUAAUAUGUUUCUGUUGAUUUGGGCACAGCAUGUUGCUAUUAGAAAAUAAUUUUAUUUACAACUGUAAAGCGGACAAUAAAUAUUUUUCCCAAUA